AUAUUUAAUUCUUUUAGACAUUUUUACAUUCUGCAUUAAGUUGCGUUUGUUAACGUCAUGUUACGUUUAAUAACUUAAUAUGUUUGGUAUGUUUGUAGGCCUACGUGAAGCACGAGAUGUCGCUGUCUUGCAGCGCAGGGUUUGCGUUUGAAUUGAUAGUACACACGGGUUGUAAUAAUCAGCAUCGUAAUUCUCAUGAUACAGUGUCAUGCAUUCAUUCAUUAACCGAAUGAAAACAUUUCCCUCAUUAAUCAGCCCGAGGUCAUUUUCGUUUUACACUGUGACAAAGUAGCUAAAAAGUUCAUAUUUGUCUAAUAAGCAAUAAACGUCUCCUCCGUAUGCGUUCACUAAGUAUUGCAGAUAAAUACAACGUUGUUUUGGCCACUCUAAAAGUUAUUUCGCUGUAAUGAAUCGUUCAACAGUAAUACCGGAAGUAAAAGCUCCAGUCUUUUCCUCUCUCUCUCUCUCGCUCUGGGCGCUGUGUUUGUUCUGUAGAGCGCGUCGCGAGGGCAUGGAAGAUGGCGAGCGCCGAGACCGCGGCAGAGCACGAGCGAAUCCUGCGCGAGAUUGAGAGCACAGACACUAACUGCAUUGGGCCAACACUCCGGUCUGUUUAUGAUGGACAGGAACAUGGACUCUUCAUGGAUAAACUGGAAGGGCGGAUUCGAAACCACGACCGUGAAAUUGAGAAGAUGUGCAACCAUCAUUUCCAGGGCUUUGUGGACUCCAUUACUGAGCUGCUCAAAGUGCGCGGAGAAGCCCAGAAACUCAAGUGUCAGGUGACCGAGACCAAUCAGAAGCUCCAAAAUGACGGCAAGGAGCUCCUGACAUCAAUGGAUGAGCUGAGACAGUGCCGUCUGCAGCAGAGGAAUAUCGCCACCACCAUUGACAAACUCACACACUGCUUACCAGUGUUGGAGAUGUACAGCAAACUGCAGGAGCAGAUGAGGGCUAAAAGAUACUACCCUGCACUACGAACCCUGGAACAGUUGGAGGAGAGUUGUUUGCCCCAAGCUGGAUCAUAUCGUUUCUGCGGCAUCAUGUCAGAGAAUAUCCCACGCCUGCGCACGCACAUCAGAGACGUCUCCAUGUCUGACCUCAAAGACUUCCUGGAGAGCAUCCGCAAGCAUUCGGAUAAGAUCGGAGAGACUGCCAUGAAACAGGCACAGGUGCAGAUUGCUCGUGACAAUGCCGUGACGUCACAGCAGCGGUCUGCGAGUGGACGGAGGAUACGAAAGGAAAUGUGCUCGGGCACAGAGGUGGACAGAACUGGAAAUAACCCCUUUUCAGAAAAGGAUUCUGGGAUACUGGAUGUGGAGGAGGAAGAUGAGAUUCCUGGUGCACAGGACCUGGUGGACUUCUCUCCUGUGUAUCGCUGUUUACACAUCUACACUGUAUUGGGUGCCCGGGACACAUUUGAGAACUACUACAGGAAGCAGCGGCGGAAACAGGCCCGACUAGUGCUGCAGCCUCACUCUAACAUGCAUGAAACGUUAGAGGGGUACAGGCGCUACUUCAAUCAAAUCGUUGGGUUUUUUGUAGUGGAGGACCACAUCUUGCACACCACACAGGGGUUGGUAAACAGAGCUUAUGUGGAGGAAUUGUGGGAGCUGGCCCUUUCAAAGACCAUUGCAGCAUUGCGUACUCAUUCAUCUUAUUGCACUGAUCCAGACCUGAUUUUAGAUCUGAAGAAUCUUAUUGUGCUGUUUGCAGACACACUGCAGGGUUAUGGUUUUCCAGUAAACCAGUUGUUUGAUAUGUUGCUGGAGAUGAGAGAUCAAUAUGGAGAGGUCCUGCUGAAAAAGUGGAAUCAGUCCUUCAGGCAAAUCUUGGAUCAAGACAACUACAGCCCCAUUCCCGUGGUGUCCCCUGAAGAGUAUCAGCGAAUGGCAGGCCAAUUCCCCUUCCAGGAUCCAGAGCUCGACAAGAUGCCUUUUCCGAAGAAGCUGCCAUUUUCUGAAUUUGUGCCUAAAGUAUACUCACAACUCAAAGAAUUCAUCUAUGCCUGCCUGAAAUAUUCUGAGGACUUACACCUUAGCUCCACAGAAAUUGAUGACAUGAUCCGUAAGUCUACAAACCUCCUGCUCACACGAACCCUUAGCCACUGCCUACAGUAUGCCAUAAAGAAGAAAAACGUAGGACUGGCGGAGUUGGUUCAGAUCAUCAUCAACACCACUCACCUGGAGCAGUCCUGUCACUACCUAGAAGAGUUUAUCUCCAACAUAACCAACGUGCCUCCUGACACCAUUAAUGCCACCAAACUCUACGGAACCUCCACCUUUAAGGAUGCAAGGCAUGCCGCUGAAGAGGAGAUCUACACUAACCUGAAUCAAAAGAUUGACCAGUUUCUGCAGCUGGCUAAUUAUGAUUGGACGGCAGCACAGGGAGGUGGGCAAGCCAGUGACUACCUGAUUGAUCUCAUCGCUUUCCUCUGUAGCACCUUUGCAGUGUUCACUCACUUGCCUGGCAAUGCUAUAGAGCACGCCACGUUACCGGGGAAGGUGGCUCAGACGGCAUGUAUGUCAGCCUGUAAACACCUUUCAACCUCUCUGCUGCAGCUGCUGCUGGAGGCUGAUGUCAGGCAAGUGUCUAUGGGAGCCCUGCAGCAGUUCAAUGUGGAUGUCAAAGAGUGCGAGAGGUUUGCCAGGGCCGGCCCGGUGCCUGGCUUCCAGGGGGACACUCUGCUGCUCGCCUUCAUCGACUUGAGACAAUUACUGGAUCUCUUCACUCAGUGGGAUUGGUCCACGUAUCUGGCUGACUACGGCCGACCCACCUGCAAGUACCUGCGAGUCAAUCCUCACACGGCUCUGGCCCUUCUAGAGAAGAUUUCUCGGUCGAUGAAGGACACCAGCCGCAAGAACAACAUGUUUGCUCAGUUCCGUAAAAACGAACGAGACAAGCAGAAGCUCAUAGACACCGUUGUCAAACAGCUGAGAAAUCUCAUCGCCACCAACCAGGCCUGAGAAGCUCAAAUCAGCACGUGGCCCCACGUCACGAUGAACCGCCACCAGGCUGCGGGGACUGCUCUCGCACUCCUCCAUUAGUUGGACGUAUUCCCACACAGACACUUGCGCUAACAUGCACAUAUAAACCUUUCUGAAAGGUGCACCUGCUAAACCAUCCCGUGCCUGCGUGAUAUGGUAUCCACGUCUUCCUAUGUGACUACCUAAACACAAGGACAACAAAUCACAUUUUGCUCUUUAAAGCUGGAUUUGGUUGCCUUUUAUUGUCUUGAGCGUCUUACAAAAAGGACUGUUUUCCUUUACAAUAGUUCUGAAGUGUUAUCCCAUUUUUGAAUUUUACGACUACAUUUAUACUGUAAUGUGGAUAUUGGUGCAAAGUUAAAGGAAAUUGGAACACUAACUAGACUUAAAUAUUGCUGUCGUAAUUUCUAACAGAUAAAAUUUAAAGAGCUAAAAAUGUACUCACCUUCCCUUUAUUCCAAACCUUUCUAUGGAACACAAAAGAUGAUAUUAAUGUAAUUAUUAUGUUGAUACAUUGGAAGUCAAAAUGAUAGCCAAAACUGUUUGGUGGCCAAAUAAUAUUUUCUUUUGUGUUCUACAGAGAAAAACAUACAGGUCUGCAGCAACAUGUGGAUAAAUGAUGAUAGAAUUAGCGUUUUGGAAAAACUAUUACUUUAAGAUUUGUGAGAAACUGAAUGAUCUCAGAUGGGUCAAGGGUUCACCUGAGCGCUGGUUAUAAUGAGGGAAGUUCUCAAUACAGGGAAUCUAGUUACUGCCCUUGUUCAAUCUUUCAUGUGUAGUAAUUGUAUACUAGACAUGCUUCAGCUUUCGUCUGUUACAAGCUUAAUACCUUAAAGAACAACCGCUGUGUGGCAGUUUUGGAGAGGAUUCAUUUACUAUUGUCAUGAAAAUGGCCAGGUUAAGGUUAGGUUCUGUGUUUUUUUCGACCAUACUUCAAAUAUGCAGAAUAGAGGCGUUUGUCUCUCGUAUUCAUUAAUUGCAAAUAUAUCAGCCAGCAUUCAAUGCCAAAACUGACUGAAGAUGUGUAAGGUAGAGGAACAUUCUAGAGCAGGCUAAUGUCAGCACAUUUACACAGUCACACCGCUGUACAUUAAAUCCUAAUAUAAUUGCUUUUAGUAUUUAAGCAGUGUCGUCUUCCCAUAACUUUGAUAUUUUCUCUGAUAGGAAUGAGGGUGCAAUAUUUCUUAUUUCUUUUGAAAUUGACCUGAGAGUUUUAGGUAGCAGAGAUUGUUGUGUUUAAAGGGAGUUUGCUUUUUUUUUCGUUUCCAUUUUCACUGGCACAAAAGAUGUGCGUUUGAAACCUGUUCCCUUACAAUGGAUGCAAAACCAUUAAACCAUAAAGGGAAUUUUUCAUUUUUAGGGACGGAAUGUGCGCCAUGUCAAAUUAUUUUGAGCUGUCUUCUGGAUUCAGUCUGUGCCUUCAAUUUUUUCCAUGCCUGUAAUUGAUUGUGUGUGUGUGUUUUUUUUUGUUUUGUUUUUUUUCUUCCCACACAGCACCUGGUCUUGGGCGCAUGACCAGUGCAUGAACAUGUGCUGGUGUGUGAAAGCGAGCGUGCAUUAAAACAUUCAGCCUUAGCAGACAGCUCUGAUUGUAGAGAAUACAAUACUGACUCCAGAGAGAUGCACUGUACAAAUUGUUUUAUUAAACCACUAAUGAAUAUUACAAUACUAAUAAAUUCAGCAAAUGCAAACAAGUAAUAAAUCAA